GAAACUUCUCUGUUUUCGGUGCUCAUGGAGGAGAGAAGUCAUUUCCUCUUGUCAAUCACGUUCUUGCUGGUGCUGCAGUACAGUUCUCUAUAUGUGGCUGAAUUAACUAUCGGCACAGAUGCAACGCAAACCAACAUCACCACGGACCAGGCCGCUCUUCUUGCUCUGAGAUCCCAUAUCACCAGUGACCCUCACAACAUCUUGGUGAACUGGUCAACCACCACCUCCUUCUGCAACUGGGUUGGCGUUACUUGUGGUGCUCGCCAUCUCAGAGUAGCAUCAUUGAAUCUCUCAUACAUGGGUUUUAUUGGCACCAUUCCACCACACUUAGGCAACCUCUCAUUCCUUGUUGCACUAAGCUUCGACAAUAACAGCUUCCAUAGUACUUUGCCCCAUGAAUUGUCUUAUUUGCGUCGCUUGAGGUUUAUUAGCUUCGGAUACAACAAUUUUACGGGAUCCAUUCCAUCGUGGUUUGGGUCCUUCCCCAAACUUCAAAGCUUCUAUCUGUAUGGUAAUAAUUUUUCAGGUUCCAUACCUGCGACUAUCUUCAACUUAUCUACACUACAAGUAAUUGAUCUAAGCAUUAAUCAACUAUCAGGUUCCAUACCUUCGGCAAUCUUCAACUUAUAUGCACUGCAAGAAAUUGAUCUAAGCAACAAUCAGCUAUCAGGUGGGAUACCAAGACAAUUAGGGAACUUAACAAUGUUGAAGAAGAUAAACUUGGCCCACAACAAUUUCAACGAAAUUCCAAAAGAGAUUGGCAAUUUAGAUAAGCUCGAGAAGUUGCAUGUGCUGUCUAAUGCCCUAAAAGGCCCUGUUCCUGUGGCUGUUUUCAACAUGUCUUCUUUGACUAUGUUGACUCUAUAUGAAAACAGCUUGAGUGGCGUUCUUCCAGACAAUAUAUGCCAGCAUCUUCCUAGUAUUCAAGUGCUCGAUUUGGGUCUUAACCACUUUGAUGGUCCACUUCCAUCCAAAUUAUGGCAAUGCAAAGAGCUUCUUAUAUUAUCGUUGGAGAAAAACAAUUUCAAUGGAAGCAUACCCAAAAAUAUUGGGAACUUAACACAGUUAAUGAUGAUUACACUUGACACCAACAAUUUGACAGGCAGUAUCCCAUCCUCAAUCUUCAAUAUGUCCAAGAUAGAAGAACUGACUCUUGGUAUGAAUCAGCUAUCUGGUAGCCUCCCUGCAGACAUAGGCCUUGGGCUUCCAAACCUACAACUUUUUUAUACAGAAGCAAAUGACCUCAGCGGAGUAAUCCCCAACUUCUCCAAUGCUUCUAUGCUCACGCACCUACAAUUGCACCAAAACUCUUUUACAGGGUUUAUUCCAAGCACGCUCUGUGCCUUGACAAACCUUGAGUGCCUUAACUUAUGCAUGAAUAAUUUGACGAUUGAGACUUCCACUCUCUCUUGUUUGGCUAAUCAUGGAAAUUUGACAAGACUACUCUUGGGAACUAAUCCGUUAAAUGCUAGACUUGAUGAUUCCUUUCGGAAUUGCUCUAUAUCGUCGCUUCAACAUAUUGAUUUAAGAGGUUGCAGCAUGAAGGGUAACAUUCCCAUUGAUAUUGGCAACUCGAGCAGCUUGAUAGAGUUAAACCUGGGAUACAAUCAAUUGACCGGAUCAAUUCCAACUUCUGUGGAAAGGCUAAGAAAUCUCCAAGGUUUGUAUUUGAAUGACAACAAGUUGGAAGGAUACAUCCCAUAUCAGCUUUGUCAACUAGAUAAACUAGUUGAAUUAGUUUUGGGCAGUAAUCAGCUUUCUGGUUCUAUACCAUCCUGCUUGGGGGCAUCUAUAAGGAGGCUAUCACUAGAGUCCAAUUCGUUGAGUUUCACAAUACCAUCUAAUUUUUGGAGACUUGUCGAUAUCUUGCAUGUAAACUUAUCAUCCAAUUCUCUAAUUGGACCUCUCUCGGAAGGUAUUGGAAACUUGAAAGUUGUCCUAGAGGUAGAUUUAUCAAAUAACCAUUUAUCUGGUAUUAUACCAAGCACCAUUGAGGGUCUUCAGGAUUUGGUUAAUCUGUCCUUGGCAAAUAAUAAUUUGGAAGGCCCUAUUCCAAGUUCAUUUAACCACUUGCUAAGCCUGGAACUGUUGGAUUUAUCCAGAAACAGUCUGUCUGGAGUGAUUCCGAGUUCUUUAGAAGCUCUCUUACAUCUCAAGUAUCUGGAUUUUUCUUUCAACAGGCUCCAAGGACAAAUUCCAACAGGUGGACCCUUCCAAAACUUCUCUGCUCAAUCAUUUGUCUCGAACAGGGCACUAUGUGGUGCACCCCGACUCCAUGUUCCACCAUGCAAAAAUGGUACACUUGAACCAAAUUGGAGGAAAGCUAAAUAUAUCAUCCCAGGGAUCAUAUCAGUUAUUCUCCUAGUGGCCUCCGUAUCUAUCUUUGUACUACGCAGGAAAAAGAAUGUGGAAGUUGCAAGAGAGGCAAACUCGUUGCCUCAACUUCUUUGGAGAAGAGUUUCACACCUAGAUCUUCUAAGGGCAACAAAUGGACUUAACGAAAACAACUUACUUGGAAGUGGGGGUUUUGGCUCAGUAUAUAAAGGGAAACUUUCAGAUGGAACAUAUGUUGCAGUAAAGGUUUUCAGUUUACAGCUAGAAGGGGCUUUCAAGAGUUUUGAUAGGGAAUGUGAAAUUCUAAGCAAUAUUCGUCAUCGAAACCUUAUCAAAAUCAUUAGCUGUUGCAGUGAACUUGAUUUCAAAGCCUUAGUAUUGAAUUACAUGCCAAAUGGGAGCCUCGAGAAGUGGUUGUAUUCAGAAAACUAUUCUUUGAAUAUGUUACAAAGGAUGAACAUCAUGAUAGACGUUGCGUCGGCAUUGGAGUACCUACACCAUGGUAAUUCAGUACCUAUCGUCCAUUGUGAUAUGAAGCCCAGCAAUAUACUUCUAGAUGAUGAUAUGGUUGCACAUGUUGCUGAUUUUGGCAUUGCUAAACUCGUGGGUGUAGGAGAUUCUACAACCCAGACCAUGACUCUAGCCACAAUUGGGUACAUGGCUCCAGAGUAUGGAACGGAAGGAAUAAUCUCAACAAGAGGGGAUGUAUACAGUUUUGGUAUUGUACUGAUGGAAACAUUUACAAGAAGGAAGCCAACCGAUGAGAUGUUCUCUGGGAAAAUGAGUUUAAAGCAAUGGAUUGCAAAUUCACUACUCUUACCAGAUGCAAUAAUAGAUGAAGUUGUGGAUGCCAAUUUACUCGAGAAGACCAAGCAGGAGCAUGAUGUUGAGACCUGGAGGGAUUGCUUAUCAUCCAUCAUUAGAUUAGCUCUCGCUUGUUCUGCAGAAUCACCAGCACAGAGGAUUAAUAUGCAAGAAUCUGUAGCCACACUCAAUAAAAUCAAGAAUAAGCUUUUGAAGGACAAUGGAGGUGUCCAGUAGUUUUCUUUUCAUCAUCAUGAUAAAUGUCAACUUGUGAUUUCUUUGUAGCUUAUCUUGAAUGCCUAAGAUUUGAGUUACAAAGAAUUGUAUGGAUCUAUCCAACUAAUUAAAAUGAGAACAUGCAUUGCGGAACUCCAAGGUGUGUACAUGCUGGAGAGCUUAGCUGAUUA